CCGCAUAUCAACAAGCCGCGAAUCCUAUGCCUCCACGGCGAAGGCUGCUCGGCCGCCAUCUUCCGCGCGCAGUCGCGCCAGCUCACGAUGGCCCUCGCGCGCGAAUUCGACUUUGUCUUUGUCGACGCCCCGUUCCCCAGCACUGCAGGGCCGGGUGUGUUGCCCGUCUACGAGGGUCCGUACUACGCGUGGCUCAACCGGCCUCCGCAGCCGACCGACAUGGCCGUUGUGCGCGCUCGCAUCGCCGACAUGGUGGCUCUCGAAGGGCCCUUUGCGGGCGUGAUGGCUUUUUCCCAGGGUGGCCGUCUGGCAACGUCGCUGCUGCUGCAGGAGUGCAGGGGAAUGCAGCGGCGGCGGGGGAGGGACACAGAUCAGGUCCCUUUGGUUUUUGGAGUCUUGCUCUCAAGCACCUAUCCUCCCCUUGGAUAUGGCGAUGAAGCGGCGGAGGAGCAGCAGCGGAUUGAUGAAGACUUGGACGAAGACGUCGACGAGAACGGCACGCACUUGAUGCCCAAGUCUUUCGGACCACCGUCAUCGCUCGUCACAGUACCGAGUGUUCAUGUCCAUGGCAGGCGUGAUCCGUGGCGGCCGGCGAACAAGCAAAUUCUGACGCGCUGCUACGAUGCGCGCACGGCGACACUGGUUGAGUUUGUUGGCGGCCAUCAUUGCCCGCGCGCUGCAGCUGACGUC